AUUAAAAUAAUCUUUCAUUAUCUCUAAUGAUCAAGAUCACUAAACUUGGAGAGGGGCUGGUCAGGCAGUUCAUUCGGCUGUUGCUGGUUGCCUCGCUAAGGCGCAGAUUCACUCUUCUCCGAGAGGCUGGCCCAGUCCUCCGCCUCGGCCAGAAUGGACUUCAGGGAAAUUCUCCUGAUAGCUUCCAAAGCACAAGGUGUCAACAACGUGCUGAAAAGUAGUUUGGCAGAGGGGCCUCCCAAAAAAGACCCGAAAGUUAAGGGUGUCCAGUCGGCAGCUGUCCAGGCUUUUCUCAGAAGAAAAGAAGAAGAGCUCAGACAAAAAGCUUUGGAAGAGAAAAGGAGAAAAGAAGAACUAGUGAAAAAGCGAAUUGAGCUAAAACAUGACAAGAAAGCAAGAGCUAUGGCCAAGAGGACAAAGGAUAAUUUCCACGGUUACAAUGGGAUUCCUGUUGAGGAGAAGUCAAAGAAGAGGCAGGCAACGCAAACCCACACUAGCCAGGGGACAGACCAAGAGUUUGAGAUGGAGGAAGAGGAUGAAUUCUUAGAAUACAAUCAAGCAGAGUCAGAGCAAGAGUAUGAGGAAGAGCAAGAACCUCCCAAAGUUGAAAGCAAGCCAAAGGUCCCCCUUAAAAGUGCCCCACCACUCAUGAACUUCAAUAAUCUGCUCAGGCUGGCCGAGAAAAAGCAGUAUAAACCGGUGGAGAUAAAGGUAGUGAAGAAGACAGAAGAGCGGCCUAUGACUGCAGAAGAACUUAGGGAGCGAGAAUUCCUUGAACAAAAGCAGAGGAAAAGGAAACCUAAGACAGAUGCAAGAUUACCACCAACCAGAAAAGUACCCUGUCAGAAAGAAAGUGUGGGCACAAAACUUAGCAAAGGUUCUGGAGACACGCAUCCUUCUUCCAAGGACACGCAUCCUUCUUAGGGUACUCCCCUUCCUUAUGCUGAGAAGAAAUCCAGACCCAGCACAGCUAAUGAGAAACACUUGCGUUUAUCUUCAUCCAAAUCCAUGCCAGGAGAAAGGACCAAAGUAGUAUCUGGCAAGUGCGCCCAACCCUUGCCUUGUGAGGGCCGUGACAGAUCUGUUUUCAGUGGGGCUGGAAAGCCCCACUCCAGCACCUGUUCACCAUGUAUCCCAAAGACUUCUGCUAAAGGGACUCCAAAAUCUGCUACUGAGCACAAAACCAAAAACUCUCCUCAUCCUAGCCAUUCCAGGCCUGGACCCACGGUCACCCCACACAAUAAGGUCAAGAGUCCAGGUGUCAGGCAGCCAGGCAGCAGCUCCAGCUCAGCCCCUGGGAGGCCUAGCACAGGGACUGCUCGGCCCACAGUUAGUUCUGGCCCCAUGCCCAGGCGCCAGAAUGGCAGCUCCAACUCAGGACCCGAGCGAUCAGUCAGUGGGACCAGGAAGCCAACCAGUGACUUAAAUCCCCCAGGACGGACAGUCGGUGGUACAAGUGGCCUUGGUCGACCUGCAGGCAGCUCAGGUUGCCCUGGGUGACCUACCAGUGGCUCCUGUGGUUCUGGGCGGCCUGUGGGCAGCUCUGGUGGCCCUGGGCGGCCUGUGAGCAGUCCACAUGACCUUCGACGACCAGUGAGUGGCUCAGGGGCCCCUAGGCAGUCAGUCAAUGGCCCUGGCCAAUCAGUAGUUCCAGCUGGACGAACUGUCAGCAGUUCAGACCCUGGUAGACCAGUGAGCAGCUUUGGACCUGGGCGAGCAGUUAGUACCUCAGGUCCCUCUCUGAAGCCCAAAUGCACUGUUGUCUCAGAAACAAUUUCUUCCAAGAGUAUAAUCAGCCGAUCCAGCAAUGGACAGAUGAAUGGAAUGAAGCCUUCCUUAUCUGGCUACAGAUCUGCCCAAGGUCCUCAAAGGCUUCCCUUCCCUGGUAGUUACAAAAGGCAGCGAGAAUAUGAAGAGGAGGACGAUGAUGAUGAAUAUGACUCUGAAAUGGAAGAUUUUAUUGAAGAUGAAGGAGAACCUCAGGAAGAAAUAUCCAAGCACAUUCGAGAAAUCUUUGGCCAUGACCAAAAAAAAUACAAAGAUGAAAGCGAUUAUGCCUUACGUUACAUGGAGAGCAGCUGGAAAGAGCAGCAGAAGGAAGAAGCAAAGAGUUUAAGACUAGGUACACAAGAACAUUUAGACGAAAUGAGACGUGAAGAAGAAGAAAUGAGACGUCGAAAGGCCGAGAAGCUGAAGAAGCGUUAGCUGCUGCUUUUAUUUAUUUUUGUGAAAUUCUGAAAACAGUCUGCUGCAAGGAAGUCCUGCCUUCAGAAUGAAGAAGCCCCUUAUCAUUUUAGAAUUCUACUUGGGUACUCAAGGAGAAGGAAUGCAUACUGUCAUAUAUCUGCAGGCUGUUGUUAGAGCAUAAAGUAUUUUCAGAUACUUUCCAGGGUGAAAUCUGUAAUGCAGAUGACAUAACACCCAGUGAGUGCUCUUACGAAGCUAACUGUUCACAGGUGCCACCCUUGAUCCUGAAGAGCUAUGCACUCUAAUGUGGGGCUGCUCACAAGUCAGCCAAUCUUAUGUUAUUCCUUUGCUACUCUAAAAGGAAAAAAGAAAGGAUUGCUCCUUUACUUCCGUAAUUCUGCUGAUGUGUGAGUACGGCACUGCCUGGCUCCCAAUCAAAUUUAUUUUGUCUUUUGAUGAGGAAACUGGCCCUUCCAUUGAUGCUGCCAGCAAUAAAGUGACCUGUCCUAACCUAUAUGUUUGGAUUGAGAACUUGAAAAUGUAGAGUAGCUGUUAUAAUUAUAUGGAUGUCAUUUCUGUGACUUUGAAGUAAAAAGUAGAAUAAAUUGUAUUCUGC